GAGUGACGUCACGGGGCCCGGGUCCUGUUCGGGUGGGGUUCGUUUGCAGCUGACGGAGGAAACAACGAGGACUCUGUGAGUCCCAGAAACGGUUCCGUUAUUAGGACUGCCUGAAGGCGGGGGGGGGGGCGGCUCCAGGCGGACCGCAGUCCGGUACCGGUACCGGUCCUGGUGGGCCAGUCUGGGAUCCAGCUCCGGUUCUGCUGUGCUAAGGGUGAAUCCAUCAGAGAUGCCGUCUGACUCGGAUCCUCCAGGACCUGGACUGAAGUCCGUCAGAAGAUCUCCUCGUCUCUCGCCACAGGGCAGCAGCAGCAAAGGAAACACGGAGAGGAGACAAGGAGGCAGUCUACAGGAGGCGAAGAGGAGAGGGAAGAUGGAGAGGAGCAGAGAGGAUCAGGAGGCGGAGCUGAGCGGCCGUCUGCAGCAGCUGGAUCUGUCCAGCAGGUCUGCCGCCAGUGGAACUGGUCUGGUUUACUCUGAAAUCUUCACGCACCACCAGAACCUGUGGGAGUCCAGUCAUCCAGAGAGUCCAGACAGAGUGAAGUCCAUCAUGGAGGAGCUGCAGAAGCAGGAGCUGCUGAGUCGCUGCGUCACUGUGGAGGCCAGAAAAGCUACAGAAGAAGAACUUCUGCUGGUUCACACGAGACGUUACGUUGACCUGGUGAAGUCAACCGAGACGAUGACCGAGGCCGAACUCCAGACUCUGUCCAACGGAUACGACUCCAUCUACCUGCAUCCUGAGACCUUCCAGGUGUGUUUGUCGGCGGUGGGCUCGGUCCUCCAGCUGGUCGAUGAGGUUAUGACGUCAAAACUCAGGAACGGCUUCGCUGUCGUCAGACCUCCAGGUCACCACGCUCAGGCCGACGAGGCCAACGGUUUCUGCGUCUUCAACAACGUGGCGAUCGCCGCUCGAUACGCCCAGAGCAAACACGCCGCCAGCAGGGUUCUGAUUGUGGACUGGGACGUCCAUCACGGUCAGGGAAUCCAGUACCUGUUCCAGGAUGAUCCCAGGGUCCUGUACUUCAGCAUUCACAGGUAUGAACAGGCCUCCUUCUGGCCUCACCUGCCAGAAUCAGACAGCAGUUUCGUUGGGAGCGGACGAGCUACAGGAAAGACCAUCAACCUGCCCUGGAACAAGACGGGCAUGACCGACGCUGACUACAUCACAGCCUUCCAGCAGGUGCUGCUGCCUGUGGCCUAUGAGUUUCAACCUGAUCUAGUUCUGGUCUCUGCUGGAUUCGACGCUGCAGCUGGAGACCCGAAGGGAGAGAUGUGUGUGAAUCCUCAGUGUUUCCACAUUCUGACGCACAUGUUGAUGAGUUUAGCUGAAGGUCGACUUGUUCUCACUCUGGAGGGAGGCUAUAACCUGCAGGCGACAGCAGAGGGCUCUGCAGCCUGUGUCAGGGCUCUGCUGGGCGGAGCCUGUCCUCCUCUCAACACACCCACUGUGCCAUGUGACAGCGCCCUGGAGUCCAUCAGUCAGACCAUCUCUGCUGUCUGUCCCCACUGGAGCCGCCUACAAGUGCUCGAGGGCGGUGCGUUGGCUGCAGGUGAUGAUGUCAUCAGAGCAGCAAACAAUGAUGAGAGGAAAACAGAGGCUGAACCCGCCCCCUUCAUCGCCAUGACCACCGGUCUGGUGUACGAUGAGCGGAUGAUGGAUCACCUGAACCUGUGGGACAGGCACCACCCUGAACAGCCGCAGAGAAUCUUCAAGAUCUUCUCCAAACAUCAGCAGCUGGGAUUGGCCAAUCGUUGCCAGCGGAUACCGGCUCGUCUGGCGACAGAAGAAGACCUGGCCAUGUGUCACAGCGUGCAGCACAUCAAACGGAUGAAGGCGACGGCAACCAUGAAGCCCAGAGACCUGAAUCGAGUCGGAAACGACUUCAAUUCCGUCUUCUUCAACAACCAGAGCUUCCAGAGCGCCCAGCUGGCUGCCGGAGGCGUCUUCAACGCUGUGGACAGGAUCCUGAGUGGACAGGUGAGGAACGGCGUGGCCAUCGUCCGGCCGCCGGGUCAUCACGCUGAGAGAGAUGCCCCCUGCGGGUUCUGCCUCUUCAACACAGCGGCGCUCGCUGCUCGCCACGCCCAGAAAGUCUCCCAAGAUCCUCGACUAAGGGUCCUGAUUCUAGACUGGGAUGUUCACCACGGCAACGGGACACAACACAUGUUUGAAGACGAUGACAGCGUCCUCUACAUCUCCCUCCAUCGCUAUGACAACGGGACAUUCUUCCCAUCCUCAGAGGACGCUGCUCCUGACAGAGUGGGCGUGGCCAAAGGGGCAGGGUAUAACGUGAAUGUUGCCUGGAACAGAGGACGGAUGGGCGACUCAGACUACCUCGCAGCUUUUCACCACGUUGUCAUGCCGAUUGCUACCGAGUUUAACCCCGGUCUUGUUCUGGUGUCGGCCGGCUUUGAUGCAGCUCGGGGGGAUCCGCUGGGUGGAUAUCAAGUGACUCCGGAGGGAUACGCCCACCUCACUCACAUGCUGAUGUCACUGGCGGGGGGGCGGGUGCUCCUCAUCCUGGAGGGUGGCUACAACCUGACCUCCAUCUCUGACUCCAUGACAAUGUGCGCUAGCAUGUUGCUCGGAGACCUUCCUCCGUCCUUGGCCACGCCCCUCCCGCCUCCUCAUCACAGCGCCGUGGCGGCCAUCAAUGAGGUCAUCCGACACCAGGCCCGCUAUUGGAGGAGUCUGAGAAUUCACAUUCCAGAGUCAGUGCGGAUGCUCCUCCCGUCCCCAAAGCACCGUGGGAAACGGACUCCUAAAGGAAAAGACAGGAAAUCGGACCAGAGUGGUACCGACAAACCACCAGUGGACAUCUCCACGACGGAGUGCGGUCUGGAGCAGCUCACGCAGGGAUUGGCCGGUCUGGACAUCAGUCAGACUUCAGCUGCAUCCACCCCGGUGGGCGGGGCCAGGCCAAAGCUCCGCCCACACCCUGAGCCAGUUGAAGGUGAAGUGAAGGUGGAGUCAGGAGACAGCCAAUCAGCGGACAGCGAGCUCCCUAAGGCUGUUACCGUAGCAACAGCAGAGCCACCUGCAUCCGGAGCGGGGGAGGUGCCGGAGACGGGGGGAGCGUGUGGUUGGUCGAAGACUCAGACGUCUCUGGAGUUGACACCGAUGUAUGUGGUCGACCCUCUGUCCUGGUGUCCUCACCUCGACGCUGUCAAGCCCCUCCCCCCCUCAGGGGUAGACGUCUCACUGCCCUGCCAGGACUGCGGUUCAGAUGCUGAGAACUGGAUCUGUCUCAGCUGCUACCAGGUGUUCUGCGGUCGCUACGUGAACGAACACAUGGUGGUUCACGGUGUUGUGUCAGAACAUCCGAUGGUGCUGAGCUUCUCGGAUCUCUCUGUGUGGUGCUACAUGUGUGAGUCCUACGUGCACAACCAGAUUCUGUUUGAAGUAAAAAACGCGGCUCACUUCACCAAGUUCGGAGAAGAAAUCCCUCCGUGGACCUGAGACGAGAACUGCUGCCUCUUCACUUCUGUCUUCCUUCACUGUCGUUAGACAGUUUGGUGCAUUGCCAUGGAUACCAGCAGUAGUGGGUGACCUCACAUUUGUGCCCUCCAAAAAAGUUAUUUUAUUUAUAAGUAAUUUUAUACUUUUAGAUGCAGAUCACUCUGGAUGCUUUUAUUCUGAAAAUUUCUCACAGAACCGGCAGAAACAAACAAGAUGAAGAAAUUGAAAUGGGUGUGGUUGUCUGGAAAUGUUUGUAAUGUUUUAAAAAAAAGUCUCCGUCAGUUGAGAAAUUGAAAUAAAAUCAUUUGAUCAGGAGGUCUGGCGCUGACCUCAUCGAUUAGUUUCAUCUUCAAGUUAAAACAGGAAAACAGUUUCCUGUCGUCACCAAGAAAAGCCACUGCAUCAAUCUGCCAUUUAUAAGUUUCUGAUUUCCUGUCAAUAGAGCUGAUUUAUUGUUGAUUGUGUUUAACCCUGCAGAUAUUGGUCAGGGGGUUGUAUGUUUCAACGGUUCAACUGUUCAUUUGUAUUAUUCUUAUUCUUAUUAUUCCUUUGUUUAUUAUUGCACAAGAUCAAUAAUCUGUUUAAAAAAGAAUUGCCAGGGUUCAACUGAAAUAAAAACU